AUGACAUUGGCAUUUAUGCCACUGUCUCUCACCCUCACGCUGCUGGUGACCAAUGCCAGCAGUACUUCCCCUGGAGCACCAAAGGAGCAGAGGGGGGAGCAGAGGGUGUGGGCCAAAGUGGGAGACCUGGUUGUGCUCCCCUGUCACCUGAGUCCUCAGGAGCUGCAGAGCAGCUGGAAGCAGCUGUAUGAGAAGACAGCUGUCCGCUGGGAGCGGCAUGGGGAAAGCUCCCACAAAGAGCCCCACAUGGUGCUGGAGGUGGAGUACAGUGGUCUCCUGAAAAGAGCCCGAUCCAUGAUGCCCCGAGCCUCAGUUAGGGAAACCGGCUUCCGCCAAGGGGACUUCUCCCUCUGGAUUGAGCCACUACUGAGUGACGAUGCAGGCCAUUACGAGGCGCUGGUGAGAUAUGGCAAGGAGACUCGGCGCUGCCAUUUGGAGCUGGGCAUGGUGACAGUGACUGUCAAUCCCCCAGGCCUCCUGGUGGAAACGGAGCCUCUCUUGCUAAACUGCAACUCCAGUCAUCCAGCUAAGCUUGUGGGGAUGCGCUGGUUCCAUAAUGGCAGCCUGGUCCCCAUCUCCAGCAGGUUUCGUUCCCACCAUGGGGCUCUAUCCAUCUCCAGGCCAACUGUGAGCGAUUCAGGGCCCUGGCACUGCGAACUCACAUACUCAGAUGACGAGAGAGUUUCUGCCACAUUCAACCUUCAAAUUCUAGGUUUUGCUGGGCCAGCCUCUCCUGUAGUCUAUGCUGCAGUAGGAUCUGCUGCCAACCUUCCCUGCCUCCUGAACCGAGACCCCAGUGCUUCCAGCAUUCUAGGGGUGUCAGUCCACUGGAGCCGUCUUGCAGGAGGGGAUCUGGAAAUAUGGGGCAUCUCCAGGAAUGGGAGCAAUGGGAGCUUCACCCUCCAUCUCCCUGAGGUGGGGCCACGGGACGCAGGGCAAUACUGCUGUGCCAUCUCUAUCCAUGGCACGACCAUCACUAGGGAUGUGACCUUGGCAGUGAUGACAGUCACCCCAAGUAUCAAAGGGCCAGUCGCUGAAGGCUCUCGUCUGCUGCUUAUCUGCAGCCUCACCCACCCCAGGGGGCAUGAGCACUUUCAGUGGAGGCAACUGAGUUCAGGCCUCAGCAAUGGGAGCUCAUUUGAGGCCACUCCCAGGAGCCCAGCAGUCCAACGCUACUAUCUGGGUUCCACCCUGGAACUGACCCAUGUGUCACAAGAGGAUAUCGGCACCUGGGAGUGCAGUGUCCAUGGCUCAGAAGGGAGGCUGGGAGCUGUGGAAUAUGAGCUGUAUAUUCUAGGUGCCCAGCUCUCUGGUCCUUGUCCCAUUCUGGAUGGGCAGACCUCUUUUGGCCUUAUCCUUGUCCUCGUUCUCCUGCUUGUGGCCUCCAUCCUGGCUUUGAUCCUGCAGAACCGUAGGAUAUUCUCCCCAGCCUUCCCGGCACUGGAGCGGGUGGUUACCACACCAGGGAAUGCAGGAAAGGAUAAAGGCCAGGAAGGGAAAAGCCUGCAAACAGAGUGCUGA